ACAGAAGUUGUAGUACCGCCGUUUGGCAACUACGAAAAUUGGGAUCAACAACCGGCGUUCUGCCUGGGGGCUUAGCAGUGUCCAGCGUUGCAUACUGCGUUGCAUGCAAUUCGCAUACUAUUGGUUUCAUAUUAAGGUUUCGGACAUACUAAAAUAUCUCACAUACUGUUUUAGCGUACUAAAUAGCAUGUGUGGAACUUCAGUUCUCUUAAUACAUCCAUGGUUUAUUCACACAAAUGUACGUGAAUUAGAAAUUCAAUCUGGGAUAAAAUUCUACAAUUCUACAAUUUCAUUUAGCAGACGCUUUUGUCCAAAGCCAGGUACAUCUGAGAGUUCACACAACACAAGCAAGGAUCUGGAUAGGAGGGAACAACGUGACUAAGAGCCAACGACAGCUUCAAGUCUGAUCGGACACAGGUGCUGACAAGCAGUGCACAAAGUUUCCUCCAGAAUGUCAGAUACAGCAGACUCCCUCACAUCUAAAGAGACACAGGACGCUCCUGGUUAUGAUGUGUCAUCACCACCACCACCACCACCACCACUGUCAUACUCCUCCGAAGGACAGCAACCUCCACCCUACUCUGCAGCCCUGGCAAUGUGCCCUCCACCCAAAAUCGAGACAACUUGCACCUAUCAGCCUACCACUGGAUACGAUUCUUUCCCCGACGUCAGCCCAAAGGCCUCGUCGGACACAACUCCACUGAAAUCCUCAUCUUCUUUUGAUGACAAGACAGUGAGAAGAACAUUUAUUAGAAAGGUGUUCAGCAUCCUGGCUGUCCAGCUGCUGUUCACCUUCAGUGUGAUGUGUGUGUUCACCUUCUCUGAAGUUGAGGAGAUACAGACCGACAUGUGCCUCAGCUCCUUCAUCAUCUUCAUCGUGGCGGCCACCGCCCUCAGCUGCUGCAAGUCCUUCAGUCGGCGUCACCCCUGGAACACCGUGGGACUGGUGGGUUACAAAUACAGAUACAGAUACUGUCACAGAUAUCUACAUUUAACAUUUACAACUAAACAUUUAAAUAAUAGACUAAGAGCACAGUUAACCCUGACAAUAUGAUAAAAAAAAAAUUAUAGCUAUGUAGUUUAAGGAAAUAUAUAUCGGAUAUGAAACACCCGAGGUCACACAGUAGCUUCCUGGAAAGAAAAGGGAAAUGUUUUGGUCAAGUAGGCGAGCUGCUGCCUCAGCUAAAUGUUGCUCAAUAAAGAGCACUUUUCUUGAAAAACAAAAAAAUAGUAAUGAUCAAACAUUUAUUUUUUAUUCACCGCUUGGUUCUCCUCAACAUUUAGACUUCUCUUUACAUUUAAAUGAGCUGUGAGAAAGUGGUACAUUUUCUAUUGCGUCCAAAUGAAAACCUCAGUUUCCUCUAAAGUUGUGUUCACACACUCACAGAUUCACUGAGCUGUUGAGGUUUUGAUGGCUUUUAAAAUGAGGACAUCCUGUAUUGUGUCACACAAUGCAGAGCAAGACACUGGGCCA